AUGGCUGCCAAAGCGGUUAAGAAGAAACUUAAGACUAUCGCCUCUGAACUUGCAGCGCUAUUGUCAUUCAGCUCUCAGUUUGAUGUUUCAACUGGUAACAUCAACGAGGUGCAUGUAAGGAUCGAAUGCUUGCCUGAUAUCUCGGAGAGAUUUGAGCUGCUUCAAACCGAGCUAGGGACGAGGCAACGUAUUACUGAACGAUUGACACACAAAGAUCUUCUGUUCAGUGUCAAGGCAUCUUUAAUGAGUCUGUUGGAUUCCAAGCAGAAGAAUAGUUCAAGUGCUCCAUCAAUCAGUGAGGUGACAAGACCUGAUGGUGAAAGUUUAAUGAGACUUCCGCCAAUCGAUGCACCAAAAUUCAAUGGCGACUGGCAGAUGUAG